ACAAACUGCAAUCGAAAUAGUGAAAAUAAUUGAAUAAAAAUGUUCCCGAAAGUGUUCAUUGAAAUGAAGCUUUGAUGGCAAGUUAAGAUCUGAGCAAAGACACACAUCUCUGAGAAGAUGCAAGCCUCCACAUCUAGUAUGGUGGGGAACAACCCCCAUACGACACAGAUGAAUCAGUUCAAGAGCUAUGUAACUAUGCUGGGAGACCCAGACUGUAAGGAUGUACUCAAACUGAAGGCUACUCAAGAAAUCAGUAAACAUUUUGAGAUGAUUCUGAAUUCAGCACUUUACCCGAGUUUCCUGGACCACUCCGUCAAUAUUUUUUUGAAAAUUCUCGAUGAAGGAUAUCCUCUUUUUGUGGCCGAGUACAAUAUUCAACAGGUGCGAAAAUUAAUUUUAGAAAUGCUGUACAGACUUCCUACCAACGAGACCUUAAGACCUUACGUGAGACCAAUCCUAUCGCUAAUGUUGAAGCUACUGGAAAUUGAUAAUGAAGAAAACGUUCUGGUGUGUCUCAAGAUUAUUAUUGAGCUUCAUAAGCAGUACAAGCCUCCAUUCAGUCCAGAGAUUCAAAAGUUUUUGCAAUUCGUUAAAUCUAUAUACUCGAACCUACCGAACCAUAUGAACAAGAUUUUCGAGCCCAGGCCUCCGAUAAAAGUCAAAGAUCUGAGCGAGGUGAAUAUAGAAGAAUUACUCAAAGAAACCUUCACUAUGACCAUCAUCCAAACAGAAGCUCGAAAUAAGGAUGGGACAUUGAGUGCUUACUACCUGAUACCCAAAGCCAUAUUGUCUCUGAAAGUCUUACAAGAACUGCCGAUAAUAGUAGUUCUGAUGUACCAGCUGUACAAACAAAGCGUCCACCAAGACGUCAGUGACUUCAUCCCAUUGAUCAUGAACACGAUAACUCUGCAGCCUAGUCUGGAACAAAGACACGCGGAAACUUUCAACAAAGAGAUUUUCGUGGAUUUCAUGGGAGCCCAAAUCAAGACGCUCUCUUUUCUGGCGUACAUCAUCAAAAUAUACCAGGAGGUGGUGCAGAAUCACUCUUCGAUGAUGGUGCAAGGCAUGCUGGGGUUAUUGACGUUGUGUCCUAUGGAAGUGGCGCAUCUCAGAAGGGAGUUGUUGAUCGCAGCUAGGCAUAUUUUAGCGACCGAGCUGAGGAAUAAGUUUGUCCCGCACAUGGAGAGGCUUUUUGAUGAAGACGUCUUGCUAGGGAGGGGGUGGACCACUCACGAAUCUCUCAGGCCUCUGGCUUACUCGACUCUGGCAGAUUUGGUCCACCAUGUCAGGCAACAACUGCCACUAGCGGAUCUUACUAGAGCUGUUCACCUUUUUAGUAAAAACGUGCACGAUGACAGCUUGGCUACUACGAUCCAAACCAUGUCGUGUAAGCUACUACUCAAUUUGGUGGAUUGUAUUCGGAUAAGGUCCGAAGAAGAAAAAAGUAGUGAAGGACGAGAGCUGUUGAUGCGAAUGUUGGAGGUGUUUGUUUUGAAGUUCAAGACCAUCGCCAAAAUCCAACUGCCGAUUCUGAUCAGCAAAUGUGAACAGAGAAAACAAGAAACACAAAAUCUGCUGCAGAAUCAGUCACAAGCAGGUGGAGUAGCAGUGAAACAAGAAUCCGACAUCAAACCGAACCCUGCGGAGCUCUUGGAGAAUGUUCUCGCUAACGCGCAGGGUACUCAGAACAAAGAGGAGAAGUCAAAGUUUGGUUUUCCGCAAAGCAACAAUUACAAUGUCACAGAUUACAGAAGUUUAGUAAAAACCUUAGUUUGUGGGGUUAAAACAAUCACUUGGGGCUGUUCUGCUUGCAAGGUUAGUUACAGAUUUCAGUUCUUUAUUUUUUUUAUGCUUGACAAAUGGGCGUUGAAAGCUUUGGACAUCUACACUCUGAAUGUCGGACCUCAACCUGCUGGCCUGCCGCAGCGCAUGAACCAGCAAAACAUGAGGACGAAGGAAGAAAAAGAGGUUCUAGAACAUUUCAGCGGAGUGUUCUCUAUGAUGAAUUCCCAGACUUUCCAUGAAAUUUUCUCGACUACAAUCGAAUAUUUGGUGAAGAGGGUGUAUAAAAACCCUACUCUGCAGACUGUACCCAAUACUCUUCUGGCCAAUCCUACCACUAGUCCAAUUUUCGCCACAGUUCUAGUGGAGUAUCUUUUGGAGAGAAUGGAAGAAAUGGGCUCGAAUCUGGAGAGAAGCAACUUGUAUUUGAGACUGUUUAAAUUAGUUUUCGGCAGCGUCUCUUUGUUCCCGCAGGAGAACGAGAAUAUGUUGCGACCUCACUUGCAUCAGAUAUUUCAGGUUCUUGGCAAAUUUGGCGGUGGCAACAGAAAAAUGAUGAUAGAACCGCAGAAGUUGGACUACGUCGCCACUGAUUUUGACCCACCUGCAAUUUUAGCGAAAUUCCACGAUCAAGAUCAACCCAUAGAGUUUCCAGUUUCUAAGGUGAUUGAAACUGCGUUCAAUGCGUUAAAACAGAGCAAUACCGAUCCGUUCUACAGGAAACAAGCAUGGGAGGUCAUUAAUUGUUACUUGACGGCUUCUAGAAGCCUCGACGAUGAUGAAAAUACUCUCAUCAAUUUAUUCUUACAUCCCAGCUUCCACGAUCCCAGCACCAUACCCAACAUCAAAGGUUCCACCUACAAAUCGAUAUACAAAGAAGCCAGGGAAACACACCAAACGGCACUCACAGGCAUGUUCGUUGGGGCUGCUAUAAAGGAACUUCGAGAAACUGUAAUACCGGCACUGGUGUCUCUUGUCCGACAUUACACCAUGGUCGCAGUCUCUCAGCAAUCUGGCGCGUUUGCCAGUAAUCCAAAGCCCAAUAAACAAGUAACCUUAGAUCCGAUGGUAUUGGUGGACGCUUUAGCGAUCAUAAUGGGCCAUGAGGAGAGAGAACUCUGCAAGCCCGGUCACUUGGGCUUGGUUCUGAUCGUCGACACUGCCUCCACUCUUUUGGGCAGUAAGGAAAUGGCAUGCAGACUCCCUUUGAUAGAAUAUCUCUCUGAAAAAAUGUGCGCCCUCUGUUAUGAACGCGCCUGGUACGCCAAACUGGGUGGCUGCAUAGCCAUCAAGUUCAUGUUCGAACGAUGCGCUCUGAAGUGGAUCUAUGAGCACAUGUUCAUGUUCUUGAAGGCACUGCUCUUCGUCAUGAUGGACCUCACGGGCGAGGUGUCUAGCGGCGCUCUAGAUAUGGCGAAGGACAAUCUCCAGAAGAUGCUGAUCGUGUGCGUAGCGGUACCUCCUAAAGGCUCCGACAAUACCACGAAACAGUUGCAGAACGACGCCUUGCGCAAAGUAACGCACGAGCUGGUUAGGCAAGUCACUAGUCCUCACACCAUGGUUAGGGAGCAGUCCAUGGCUUCGUUGAGAUUGCUGGCUGAGAAACAGAACAAAACCGUAACAGCUGUCAUGGAACCAUUCAAAGACGUCUUGGCCGAUAUGGUUCCACCGAAGAAGCACCUGCUCAAGCACCAACCAGCCAUUGCGCAAAUGGGUCUGAUGGACGGCAAUAUGUUCUGCACCACUCUGAGCCCGAGACUAUUCACAAUAGACAUGAGUAUUAAAGAGCACAACCUGUUCAUCCAAGACCUUUUAUCUCUCUGUAACACCGAGGACAACAAACUGAAUUCUUUUUCGUGUUACAAAUCCAUCACGAAUUUCAUUCCUUUGCGUACGAGUGCACUGAGAGUAUUAGCGGCCUGUUACUACUUAGAGGACGUCAGAGAACAAAUUUUCGAGGUGCUGUACAAGGCUCUGGAAAAACCCAAUGCCGAACUUCAAGAAACCGCGUUCGAGUGUAUGAAAAAGUUUAUAGCAGGAUACGCCGUCGAGAAGGAUUUGGUUCAUCGCACCGUUAGACCACUUCUUAUGACUCUCGGUGACGUCAAAAUGUUGACGUUGAACGGCGUUAAAAUGCUGUCGUACCUGACGCAACUCUUUCCGAAUAUUUUCAAUGAGAAGUUGUGCGUUCAGUUGCUCGACAACUUGAGGGAGCUGAUGGAGAAUCUCAAGACCAGCUAUAAGGCUAACCAAAGCACCGGUUUAUCCAAGAAGGGCGAAAAAGAACAGAAAAUAAUGACAAUCAUUGGCAUCUUCCACCAAACCCCGGCAGCUUCGUCGAAAUUCAUCAGUCAACUGUGUCAACUAAUCCUGCAGAGCGAACAAGCUAUGGGUAUCGAGGCGAGCAGCCCCUUUCGCGAAGUACUCAUGAAAUUCCUUUUGCGCUACCCGUCGGAGACGCUCGAAAUGUUGAUGAACGACCACUUCGUGAAGGACAGUCAGUUCAGCAGAUACCUGGAGUUCUUGAUCAAACACAAGGACGGGAAGCCGCUCAGGGACCACAUUCAGAACAACAUGGUGAAGCGCCUGAUCGCUAUGUUGUUGUCGAACUACAUAAAUUCAAAUUUGGAGGCGAACGAGCGCAACGAGCUGCAAUAUCAGAGUAUAAGGAUUAUUUCUCUUCUGAUCAAAUUUGACGAUCAGUGGUUGUCGACCCAGCAGGAGCUCGUCGAUGCUCUGAAGCAGAUUUGGUGUGACGACGCUUAUCAGGAAAGGCACAAGAACGUCGAACAACUGGAAUAUACUCACUGGAAGGAGCCCAAGCUCGUCGUAAAAAUAUUGCUGCACUAUUUCUGCCACCAUCCCACGGAUAUCGAUCUCUUGUUCCAACUCCUGAGAGCUGCCGUCGAUAGAUUCAUUCCCGAGUUUCAGUUCCUGCGGGACUUCUUGGAGAAUACCGUCGCGCAAAACUACACGGUGGAGUGGAAGAGAUCAGCUUUCUUUAGGUUCGUGGAAUUGUUUCCGACCGCCGAAAUGUCCCAGGAGUUGAAGUCAAAAGUUCUGCAGCUUAUUUUGAUUCCAUGUUUUGCUGUUAGUUUCGAACGCGGUGAAACCAAUAAACUCGUCGGAGGACCGCCCAUGCCUUAUCAAGACAGCGCUGAUAAUGUUGUUUCAGUGUUCAUCAAUAAGUUGAUAGAUCCAGAUAAUCCGUUUCCUUCUGCCGACUGCGUGCGAAUAUCCCUCCUGCAGUUCUCCUGUCUGCUGGUCGAACAGGCUAGUCCGCACAUCCACGAUCACGACGCCAACAAUAAAGCCCAAGGUUUCAAAUUGCGACGACUGAUGACUUUCGCCUGGCCUUGCCUUUUGGUGGAAAACUGUAUAGACCCAGCAACACGAUAUCACGGCCAUCUGCUGCUGUCGCAUAUAAUCGACAAGUUCGCUAUACACAGGAAAAUUGUUUUGCAAGUUUUCCACAGUUUGCUGAAAGCGCAUGCAGUAGAAGCGAGAAGCGUAGUUCGACAAGCUCUAGAAAUAUUGACGCCUUCAAUGCCCUUAAGGAUGGAAGAGGGGAACACAAUGCUCACCCACUGGACGAAGAAGAUCAUCGUAGAUGAAGGCCACUCGAUGCAACAGCUGUUCCACAUUCUGCAGCUUGUAGUUAAGCACUAUAAGGUAUACUAUCCUGUCAGGCAUCAUCUAGUGCAGCACAUGGUUAGUUCCAUCCAAAGAUUGGGCUUCAGUCCGACUGCUACGCUCGAACACAGAAAACUAGCUGUAGAAUUGGCCGAGGUGAUAAUAAAGUGGGAAAUUUACGGGAUCAAGGAAGAAUCUGAAGGAAAUGAGCCGGUUGAAAAUGCUCCAAUGAAAAGACCCAUGUUCGAUGAGAGUGGAGAAAACAGCCGAAAAAAAAUCGCUAUCGCCGGACCUUCCGGCACGGUCUCCGUACCGGUGAUAAAGACAGAUCCUGGUGCCAACAAGCCCAUAGACAGAGCUCACACAGAUACGGUGCUCAAUUUCUUGCUCAGACUGGCCUGCCAGGUAAACGAACCUGCGUCUGUGAAUCCGGCCAAUCCGACACUCAACACUCCUGGAGAGGUGCUUUCGAGGCGUUGCGUUAUUCUGUUGAGGACCGCUCUCAAACCGGAUAUCUGGCCCCAACCAGUCGACUUGAAACUUGCGUUCUUUGACAAAAUCCUCAUGACGAUCGAAGCGCCCAAUCCGAACAUCGCGAACAUCUGCACUGCCUUGGAGUUGCUAACUUAUUUACUCACCGUCUUUGACAGAGACCACAUACUGGCGAGCUUUAAACCUUUGCAGAAGGGCAUAGGCGCGUGUAUAACAUCGAACAAUAGCAGAAUCAUCAAAUUGGUGCACAACUUGUUGACGAAGCUGUUCACUUUGUUCCCGAUGGAGAGGACCAACACGAACCUGAGCUGCAAGUAUGAGGAGCUAGAUAUUUUGUAUUCUACGGUCGGGAAGGUUAUCUUCGAAGGCUUGAGCAGCUACGAGAAGAAAGAGAACCCCUCGAGUCUAUUCGGCACCGUGAUGAUCCUAAAAGCGGCCUGCGCCAACAACCACUCGUACAUCGACCUGCUGAUCACGCCGUUCAUGCGCGUCCUGCACAGGCUCGCCAAAGAGCACCUGCAGCCCACAUCGACGGACAAUACGGCCCUCACCAGCGAGCUGCUCAUCCUCAGCCUGGACCUGGUGAAGACCCGCGUCGUCGUCAUGGGCGUUGAGAUGCGCAAGACGUUUAUUGGCGCUAUCCUGGUGGGGCUCAUCGAGAAGACGAAGGAUAUCAAGGUUAUGAAGGCGAUAACUAGGAUGUUGGAAGAGUGGAUGAAGUGCAAGAACGUCGUGACUCUCAAUCAAGCGCCGAGCUUGCGAGAAAAAUCGAUAUUGUUAGUAAAAAUGAUGCAGUACGUCGAAAAACAUUUCCAAGACGAAAACGACCUGAACGCUCAGUUCCUGGAGCUCGUCAGCUACGUAUACACCGACGACCACUUGAAAACCACCGAACUCACUUCAAAAUUGGAACCGGCUUUUCUGGCAGGCUUGCGAUGUAGUCAGCCGCACAUCAGGGCCAAGUUCUUCAAGGUGUUCGACGAAUCUAUGCGCAGGAGGCUGCAUGAUAGACUGCUUUACAUUGUGUGUUCCCAGAAUUGGGAUGCCAUCGGACCACACUACUGGAUCAAACAGUGCAUUGAGCUGUUAUUGAUUACAGCAACGACAGGUGAAAGAAUCAGGAUGUCCCAUCAAAGCGGCAUUCUCCCCAGCAUCACCGCUUCUCUCAAGUCAGCGGACAAGCAGAAGAAAGAGGAAUUCAGCCGCCACCAAGUCCAGAACCAGGACUUUUUCGAUUCCUCGGAAAUCAAGGAGGAGGUUCUUGACGUCGAUCUUAGUAACAUCGAUGCAAACCCUCUGGUAGAGGAAAAGCCUGUUAUUCGAGGUGAAACGAUCAAAAUGCUGAAAAAGGAUUACGAAGCCACCGAAAUCGCCCGAUGCAUUACUACGGAUCGAUUUCUGAUAGCGGCUGCGCAGCUUUGUCACAUGGACACUUCGCUCGCCGAACACGUCUGGUUGUCGAUGUUUCCGAAGCUGUGGAAUAUUCUGGAAGAAGACCAAAGAAUCACUUUGGCGCAAGAAAUUCUACCUUUCAUAACUUCAGGAACGCAUAUUAUCCAAAAGGAUUGCCACCCCAGCGCUGUUAACACGUUCGUCGAGGCAUUGUGUCGUUGUACGCCUCCAGUACAGAUAGCUCCACCGCUAAUGAAGUAUAUCGGAAAAUCACACAACCUCUGGCAUCGCAUGGCAUUGGGGCUCGAGCAGAUGGCCUUCGAACAGAAUUCGUCCUCCAGAACGGGUAACGCCACGGCGUGUUACGAAUUUGAGGGUGAAACUUCCAAAUCCGAACUGCUUGAUUCUUUGGGUGAGCUCUACUCCCUCCUUUGCGAAGAGGAUUGCUGGGCGGGGCUUUGGCAACGCCACGCCCACUAUAAGGAAACGAGCAUCGCCAUUGCGUUCGAGCAGCACGGAUUCUUCGAGCAGGCUCAGGGAGCUUACGAAGCGGCCAUGGCGAAGCACAAGGCCGAUAAUAAUAUGGGGCCCGUGCCGGCCCAUACGCAGAGGGAAGUUUUGCUGUGGACGGAUCAUUGGAUAAGAUGUGCAAAAGAGAUGAACCAGUGGGAGAUCUUGUUGGAGUACGCCAAAAGCGCCGUGUACGAUCCUUACUUGCUCCUUGAGAGCGCAUGGAGGAUUCCGAACUGGGACCUCAUGAAGGAGGCUCUCCAAAACGUUGAAUACAACUGCCCAAAAGAGCUCGGCUGGAAAAUUACUAUGUACGGUGGUUUUUUGCUGAUCUGCCAACCAGACGAGAGCAAACCGCUCAAAUUCGUAGAAAAAUACGUCGAGAGCGCAAGCGCGCUGUGCUUAAACGAGUGGAGACGAUUACCUCAUAUUGUGAGCCACAUCCACUUACCAUAUCUACAGACAGCACAACAGAUUAUGGAGCUGCAAGAAGCGUAUCAGAUCCAUAAAGGGUUGAAGCAGGGCAAUCAGAAUUCCUUGCACGACAUGAAGGCAAUCGUCAAGACGUGGCGUAACAGGUUGCCAGUCAUAGCUGAUGACCUGGUGCACUGGAAUGACAUUUUCACUUGGCGACAGCAUCAUUAUCAAGAAAUCGUCAAUCAUUAUGAAAGGAACAGAGAUUCGGCCACUUCGAAUUGCAUGUUGGGCGUUCAUGCCUCGGCUCAGUCCAUCAUCCAUUUCGGAAAAAUCGCCAGGAAGCACAAACUUACGAAUGUCUGUAUGGACGCGCUGAACCGGAUUUACAGCAUAUCGAGCGUUCCGAUCGUUGACUGUUUCCAGAAAGUGAGGCAGCAAAUAAAGUGUUACCUGCAACUGGCCUCGAUGAACAACAAAAACGAGUUGGCGGAAGGCUUGGAGGUCUUGAAUUCGACGAAGAUGCACUACUUCAACAACGAAAUGACGGCCGAGUUUUACGCCCUCAAGGGGAUGAUGUAUCAUUUGAGCAACAAAUCUGAUGAGGCCAACAAAACCUUCUCUGCCGCCGUUCAGAUGCACGAUACCUCUACGAAAGCAUGGGCUCUGUAUGGAGAAUACUUGGAGCAGGUCUUUACCAGGGACCAGCGGCAGAUCAAUCUCGGUGUGAACGCGAUGGCGUGUUUCUUGCACGCUUGCCGACAUCAGAACGAGGCAAAAGCUCGCAAGUAUCUCGCCAAGGUGUUGUGGUUGCUGAGCUAUGAUGAUGAGAAUUCGAGCUUGAUGGAGGCCUUGGAUAAGUACUCCGUAGGCGUCCCCCCGAUCCUUUGGCUGCCCUGGACACCGCAGCUGCUGAAUUGCCUGGUGCAGUACGAAGGAAACGUCAUCCUAAACUUGCUAUGUCAGGUGGGCCGAAUGUUUCCCCAAGCCGUCUACUUUCCCAUCAGGACCCUGUAUCUUACUCUGCGCACUGCCACGGCCAGAAAAACCAAUAGCGUCCAGCUCAUUUUGCAGCAGCAGUCUCAGGAGGCACAGACGAGCGACGGGGGCAGCGGGCACGCUUCCGCCUCCUCGGAGGCCGGUACUUCGACGAACGUCGCUGCCGCGGAGGCACUAUGGUACGCACAUGAUUUGAAUAGCCCUGCAUAUACCUUGUUUUUCCAGAUGGAAUGGUUCCGAGAAAACUGGUACGAAGAAGUCCUCCGUCAGCUGCGCCAAGGCCUCACCAAGUGCUACGCCAUAGCGUUCGAGAACCGCGAAGCGGUCAACGAGGCCAAGAUCACGCCGCACAUCCUCAACUUCGUCAAAAAACUAAUGUCGACGUUCGGCAUCGGUGUCGAGAAUAUCUCGAGCAGUGUCAAUGUAACCUUCAACUCGGCCGCCUCGGAGAGUUUGGCCAGAAGGGCCGAAGCCACCUACCAGGACCCCGUCUUCAAGGCCAUGAAGUCCGAGUUCACGAAAGAUUUCGACUUUUCGCAGUCCAACUCGAUGCGGCUGCACACGCUCAUCUUCAAGCUGAAAAAGUGGAUCAGGGUGCUUGACGAACGCUCCAAGAUGUUACUGCAGUCUCUCCUAAUUGAAGAAAAGUGCCGCUUCCUUUCGAACUUUACUCUGAAGACAGCUGAAGUGGAGCUGCCUGGAGAGUUUUUGCUCCCCAAGCACAACCACUACUUCGUCCGCAUCACGAGGUUUAUGCCUAGAGUAGACGUCGUGCAGAAACACAACGCAGCUGCCCGAAGAUUGUACAUCAGGGGACAUAACGGCAAGAUCUACCCUUAUCUGGUAGUGAAUGAUUCUGGCUUGGCAGAUGCCAGGAAGGAGGAAAGAGUGCUCCAGCUGAUGCGGAUGCUGAAUCUGUAUCUGGGGAAGCAAAAGGAAACAGCGAGAAGGUUCUUACACUACACUGUACCUCGAGUGGUUGCAGUUUCUCAACAAAUCAGAUUGGUCGAGGACAAUCCCGCGUCGAUAUCUUAUUUGGACAUAUUCAAAAAAGGAUGUGCCAAACUAGGCAUAGAGCAUGACGAUCCCAUUCAAUAUUACUACGAACGAUUGGCCGAAGUGCAAAGCAGGGGCAUCAAAGCUAGUCACCAGGUAUCGCGGGACAUCCUCAAAGGAGUACAGCAAAAUUCAUUUGUGCCCUGCGUGAAAAAAGUUAUCCUACACACUGCGCCAUUUUUCUUAGAAACUCGAUUUCAUCUUGAUGUGCUUAUCUUCACUGCAACAAAUUUCAUCACAAGUGAAUUGGACACUACGAGAGCAGUUCCUUUUCGGUUGACUCCCAACAUCAUAGAAUUUUUAUCGACAAUAGCUGUAAGUGGACCUUUGACAGCUUCAAUGAUCGCAGUAUCGAGGUGUUUUGUUUACCCCAAUUUUAAGGUUUUGUCAAUUUUGAAGCCCAUCAUCAGAGACGAGAUGAUGUUAUCCAGGGCUAAGAAGCCCGAAGACCUGACUGGAACUAAUCAGGAAAAAAUGUCAGAUGCCGAACAGAUUAUAAAUAUGGUCAAUAAGGCGGUGACUUCGAUAUCGAAUAGGCUGCGCAGUUUAGCCGAGUUUGAUGGAACUGAUAGCAAAGUAGCAACGUUGGUAUUGGCAGCAAAUAACCCUGACAAUCUCUGUAGAAUGGACCCCGCUUGGCACCCAUGGCUUUAGGAAGCUGUACAAGUUCGAUGUUAAUUAAGAUUGAGUAUAUUGAAUUUUCUGACGGAUUUUCUUUUUUGUAGAUAUACUAAGUAUUUUUUUAUGAUGGAAGGUGAUAAUUAAACAAACAUUUUACAAAUGUUAUACAAUAAAUGAAUUAUUUUGUA